AUGAAGCACACACCAAUGAAGUCGUCCAAGAUGGCCAGCUCUAGUGAAGAAGAUCUGAGCACUCUUGUACAGUUGCGUGGCAUGGCACAAGGUAACAUCACGCGCAUCAAGAACAUCUUGACCCAAGCCCAAGCGGACCAGGCUCAGCUACCUUCCGCUCAAGUGAAAGUGUACUUGAAGAAAGUGGAAAGUGUCUACAACGAGUACCAUCAGCACCACCAGCAGAUAGUGGCACUUCUUCCUUCGAGCAAGAAGGAGGAACAGAACGAGAAGUUCCUGCAAUUCGAGACGUUGCACGAAGAGGUGUCCAUCAUGCUCGAGACCCUUCUCGAGGCUCAAGCCGCACCACCUGCGGCGCAACAAGUGCAGCCACCGGCGAACCAACAACUGUUGGUCAUCCAACAAUCUCUUCCUCGUGCCAUUCCCACCUUCGACGGGAGGUACGAGAAUUGGGAACGGUUCAAGAUCAUGUUCCGUGAUGCAGUCGACCGUACCAACGAAGCACCUCGAAUCAAGCUGUAUCACCUUGAGAAGGCCCUCGUCGGUGAUGCGGCGGGAAUCAUAGACGUGAAGACGAUUGCCGAUGGAAACUACGCCCACGCCUGGGAGUUACUGGAGGAAAGGUUCGACGAUCAGCGGCGAAUGAUCGACAUCCAUAUUGCUGGACUGCUCGGAGUGAAGAAACUUUCGAAGGAGGAUUUCGGUGAGUUGCGAUCCUUGGUCGAGUCUACCACUAGUCACGUGGAAAACUUGAAGUUCCUUGACCAAGAGUUCACCGGCGUCUCUGAGCUCAUUGUCGUCCACCUAAUCGCACGUGCACUGGAUCCUACCACGAAGAAGUUGUGGGAGUCAACGAUAAAGCGAGGAGAACUUCCAAACUACGAAGACACCAUACAGUUCCUGAAAGACCGCGUCUCAGUUCUGGAGAGAUGCCGCGAUACGGAUGAAGAAGCCAAGGCACAGCGUACAUCGGCGAAACCAGCUACGAGGAAGCAGGCGUUUCCCAAUGCCAACGCAGCGACAGCUCCUUCAUCAGCGGAUCAGCGGUGCACCAUUUGUGAUGAAAGCCAUGUGACGUACAAGUGCUCUGUGUUCAACGGCUUGAGUGUGAGUGAUCGACUGGCCAAAGUCAAACAGAAGAACGUGUGCUACAACUGCUUGAGAAGUGGACAUAGCGUGAAGAACUGCCCAUCGAAGAAGUCGUGCUCCAAGUGCAACAAGCGGCACCACACCCUGCUCCAUUUGGAAGGUGGUGCAAUCUCGUCGCAGCCUGCGAAUGAAAAUUCAGCGAAUGGAGUUCCAGGAUCAGCCCAACCAACGGCGUCGGCUGUCAGACAGCAGUCGGCCGAGAACCAGCCAUCAGUGACAGCAGCGCAUUCCAACAACCCGGUGAACCCAGCGAGCCAGGUGGUGUUGCUCACUGCCCUUGUCAACGUUAUGGACCAUCAACAGCGGCCUCGUGUGUGCAAAGCCCUGCUAGACUGCGGAUCUCAGGUGAGUUUUAUCUCCCAAUCAUUUGUCAAUACUCUUGGUAUUCAAGUGGAAGAAGUAAGUGUUCCGAUAACAGGCAUAGGCAGUGUAAGGUCGACAAUCAGGCAAAAAUGUACCAUAAACGUCCACUCUAAAUGCAGCGAUUUCUCCUUCAUGUUGAAUUGUUUGGUCUCGCCGAAGAUUACUGGUCAGGUUCCGUCGGUUAAGAUAAAUUUGGAGAAUUGGGAUCUUCCUCAAGGUCUCAGGCUGGCUGAUCCAUCCUUCUAUGAACCUAGCCACGUUGAUUUGCUCAUUGGAAUGGACUGGUUCUAUGACAUUAUGAAACCAGGGUGUUUGAAAAUAGACGAUAAUCUCCCUAGCCUUCACGACUCUAAGCUUGGUUGGUUAGUCGGGGGCAAGUUGUUUGACUGUUCUUCCAAUCUUGUGCUGAAUUCCUGUGCCGUUCGAGUUGACCCCGUUGAAGAACUAGUGCAGAAAUUUUGGGAAGUUGAAGGUGUGUCUUCAGAGGUGGUUCUGUCCAGUGAGGAAGAGCAGUGUGAAUCGCAGUUCGCAUCAACCCAUCGUCGAGACGACAGCGGUCGUUUCAUCGUUCAGCUACCAUUGAAGGACAACGCAUCUCAACUAUCGGAUUCCCGUACCAUGGCCUUGCGACGAUUUUUCCUGCUGGAGUCUAAACUACAACGUCAUCCAGAUUUAAAAGCCCAGUAUGAUGCCUUCAUGGACGAGUACGAAUCUCUUGGGCACUGCCGGGAGGUUCAAGAACGCGACGAUCCUCCUGGAGUUCUGAAGUGGUAUCUUCCCCACCAUGCCGUCCUCCGCCCAUCGAACACAACUACAAAAUGCCGGGUGGUAUUCGACGCAUCUGCAAAGGUGGCCGGAUUGUCCCUCAACGAUGUUUUGAUGACCGGAUACAACGUUCAGAGCGAUUUGUUGUCUAUCAUCCUACGGUUCCGGAGGUAUCGAUACGUUAUGAGCUCCGAUGUAGCCAAAAUGUACCGCCAGGUUGCUGUAGAUCCCGCUUUCACUCCACUACAACGGAUUUUUUGGAGAAGGUCGCCCCAAGACCCACUACGUGUUCUCGAACUAACUACUGUGACAUACGGAACGGCCUCAGCCCCUUUCUUGGCCACGCGAUCUCUGCUGCAACUUGCACGGGAUGAACGAGAAACCUUUCCGCUCGCUUCCGCCGUUGUCGAGAAAAAUGUCUACAUAGACGAUGCUCUUUUUGGUUCCGACGAUUUCCUACAAGCAUGUGAGCUUCGAGAUCAGCUGAUAGCCUUGCUCCAGUCCGGUGGAAUGCACCUUCACAAGUGGUCAUCCAACACUAGUCAGCUCCUAUCGCCCAUUCCCAGUGAAGAUCGAGACAGCUGCGCAUCUUUCAGCGAAAGUGGCCUCAACGAGGUCAUCAAAACCUUGGGAUUGAUGUGGAAUCCUUCCACAGACGAGUUCUUGUUCCGAUCAUCCCCUUCAGAAAAGGCCAGCAGACCCACCAAGCGUCAAGUCCUGUCCAAGAUUGCCAAGAUUUACGAUCCGCUCGGACUUAUUUCUCCAGUGGUGGUGCUGGCAAAAAUAGUCAUGCAGAAAUUGUGGAUCAGCAAGCUGAAUUGGGAUGAUCCGUUAGACGAUACCCUCCAGAACGAGUGGGAGAACUUUCUGAUGUCACUGCCAACUUCGGAGCAAAUUCGCAUUCCACGCCAUGUGUUAUCGAACAAGGCGGUGCGGUACGAAUUGCACGGAUUCGCGGACGCGUCCCAGAAAACGUAUGGGGCAUGCGUGUAUGUUCGCUCAAUAUUCCCUGAUGGCACCGCAUCGACGAAGUUGGUCAGCGCUAAGUCUAAAAUUGCACCGAUUUCACCCCUGACAAUCCCUCGAAAGGAAUUACUAGCAGCCCUUCUUUUGUCAAGAUUGAUUAAUAAGGUCGAAGCAGCGUUGGAGAUGAGUUUCAGUUCCAUCGUUCUCUGGUCGGAUAGCCAAGUUGUAUUGGCAUGGUUGCGCAAACCGCUUGGCAAUCUCCAAACCUUCGUCCGCCACAGAGUUACAGAGAUCACAUCGAAUACUAGUCACGUUUGGAAAUAUGUUCGCACGGAUCAGAACCCCGCCGAUACUGUAUCUCGAGGACAGUCUGCAAGAGAGUUAGCUAACAACGAGCAAUGGUGGAAUGGUCCUCAGUUUUUGUGCUUCGUGGAUUACCCAGAAGAGCGGCCACAGUCACUCCAAGAUUGCGAAAUUCCCGAACUCAGGGUUGAGCUAGCUGCACUGUCGGUCAUGAACUACGAGGAAUUCCCUGUGUUGACAAAGUUUGCUUCGUUCCGGAAAUGCCAACGGAUUGUUGCCUACAUGCUACGCUUCAUUUCGAACGCUCGAAAGAAGCAGGCCGACCGAGUGAUGUCCCGGUAUCUUACUAUUCCUGAACUACGGGCGGCAUCAAAUUUGAUCGUUGGAGCCAUUCAGCAUCAGGAGUUUGCCAAGGAGAUCGAGUGUGUACGAGCAGACGAACCCAACCAUCGUCUGAACAAUUUGAAACCAUUUCUCGACGAGGAUUUACUGCGAGUUGGAGGUAGGCUUGGUCAGUCUCAGCUUCCAUUCGGAGUGAAACACCAGCUAAUAUUACCAAGCAACAACCCCAUCGUGCACGGUUUGAUAAGCGACGUCCAUCGAGAGAAUCACCAUGCCGGAAACUCCAUGGUACAAUACCUUUUGCGACAACAUUUCUGGUUGAUCAACGCGAGAUCGACAAUUCGAAAGGUGCUGAAAACCUGCGUUACCUGCUUCAGGACGAAUCCUACCACAAUUGAUCAGCAAAUGGGAGACCUACCAUCGUAUCGGAUUAACCCAGCGCCAGUCUUCGAGAGGGUUGGGCUUGACUUUGCCGGACCAAUCUACGUCAAGCAGUCAGUUCGAAAGGCGACUCCGGUAAAGGGCUACAUCUGUGUCUUCAUCUGCAUGGUGACAAAGGCCAUGCAUCUGGAAGCCGUGGAAGAUCUGUCCACAGACUCGUUCAUUGCGGCUUUUCAACGAUUCGUGUCCAGACGAGGAUAUCCGAAGGAAGUCUUCUCCGAUAACGGGACCAAUUUCAUCGGAGCAAGGUCAGCACUGCAGGAGCUCUAUCGGUUAUUCAAGGAGGAGACGACCCAGAACAAGAUCUUCGCGUAUUGCCAAGCAAAGCAGAUCGUUUGGAAGACCAUUCCCCCAAAUGCGCCACACUUCGGAGGGCUUUGGGAGGCCGGUGUGAAAAGUGUUAAAACAGUGCUCAAAAGGGUUUACCAAUCCACCUCCCUAACACUCUCCGGACUAUCCACCCUGUUGUGCCAGAUUGAAGCAAUCUUCAACUCGAGACCACUUUAUUCCCAAUCUAACGAUCCGACGGAACCUGAAGCGUUGACCCCUGGACAUUUUAUUGCCAACCGUCCACUAUUAGCAAUUCCCGAACCGUCUGUAGUAGGUAUCCCGACCAAUCGUUUGUCCCACUGGCAGCACAUACAACAGCUUCGCGAACACUUCUGGAAACGAUGGUCGAGAGAGUAUCUCACCGAAUUACAAGUGCGAGGCAAAUGGACCAAACAGAAAGUUAACAUCCAACCGGGAAUGGUUGUUCUCCUGAAGGAUGACAAUUUGCCCCCACAGUGCUGGAAUCUGGGCCGGGUAGAAAGGGUACACCCGGGAACCUGGUAA